AUGAAUAGAGGCACAUCCCGCCGCCGGGCCGAUACCCGAGAGGGUGACACCCGGGACGCAGCCACGCGAGGAGCGCCGUCGGCGUCCUCGCGGAGUGGAGGCGUGGGAGAUUCUCCCGGUUCUUCGUCUUUUAGUCUGCCAAGCGCGUCGUCGGUUAGCCGACUUCUCGACCAAGCUGGUGUGUCUGAUAUCGAAGACGACCUCGUGUUCCACUUGUGGCUGGAGCAAGAAGCUGUCCUCGAGCGCGCCUUGCCCAUGCAAGACAUGCUGGCGAGCGAAGAGGCACUCGAACGUGCGUUAAUCGCUUCGAUGACAGCUGUCGGCCGCAGAGACCUCGAUCAAUUCCUUCUAAUGCUGCAGCAGCCACUGCUCCUCCUCCAUCAGAGCGGACGCUGGAGAAGCGCCGGGUUUGCCAGCGGGACACCGCGAUCUGGAGGGUGGGCGAGGCUGUGGGGUUUUGAUGGUGCCGUCCGCGUUGCGGGGGGAUCGGGACGGGCUGGGGAAGCAGAGCGCAAUGUGCCGCUCUCCGAAGCGGAGAUUUCGAGAAGCACGCGCCGAUGGACGUUCAAGCGUGCGGCCACGGACAAGAGGAAGGGUGAGAGAACUGUUCAGAGGAGCUCCGAUCGACAUGCGCUCUCGCCCGUGAACGAAGACACCUCAGGCCCGCCACGCCGCCACAACUCAGCACGAAGCUGGAGUGGGGACGUAUCUAGGUCGUCCACGCGAUCAGCCCUUAGUAAACAAGGCCCGAAGCUUCCACCGAUGCAGCCAGGCAUCGCGGCACAACCACCGGUACCUCCUGGAGCCAUCGGCAGCAGAGAAGCCUUUUCCGGAGGAACUGGAGGCGGGUAUUCGAAGGAAACAUCGGCGCCCCCACCCACGGUGUCUGGUGCAGCGCCUUCUGGAAACGGAGGCGGCCGGACAGCAGCAGGGAAGAUGACAGAGAAUGCGAAGGGCGAAGCGCGGGUAGACACUGGAGAUAGCAAUCGCUGCUGCUGCAUCUGCUUGGCUGAAUAUCAAACAGGAGACGACAUGAUGACGCUGAGGUGCAUGCACCUGUUUCACUACGACUGCGUUCAUGAUUGGCUCGUCCACAGCGGCCGCCGAACGUGCCCGCUGUGUCUCGUGGCGAUCAAGGAGGGCGAGGGAAAGGGGGAGGAAGACUUCAUAGCCACGGAACCGACGCUGGGAGACACACAGGGUGAGGGUGAUGGGGAUUGCACGGGUCUACCCCACAUGCCUGAGGCAGUGGAAGGAGGUGAACCGUACGAGCACCCAAGAGAGGAACAGGAGAUAUGA